UACGUCUUUUUCUGCAAUUACUUGUAAAUAAACGAAUGACAAACGCGGCUAACGGAGAAAUAUCUACCGAAAUUAUAUUGAAUACCAACAUCCGAAGACUCGACUACAUCUCAAGGUUAACCUAACAACGUUGAUGUCAUUCAUACCGGCCAGUUUGUUGCCACCCACCUCAGUCGGACAGAGCUGUGCCACACAGGUUGCUUGUGGCCAAUGCCGCAGGCGCAACCUGCCCAGAGAAGUGGACAUUAAGAAGGGCUGAAAGCAGAGAUGUCAGAGUUAAAUAAAGAGGUGGUGGAUUUGGUUUGGGGGAGACCGUCUGGAGGAGGAGUGUCUGCGUCUAUCUUCCGAAGAUGGGCCCAAGGGUUUGUUUUUAGUGAAAAUGAGUCCACUGCGCUGGAGCAAUUUGAAGGGGGGCCAUGUGCUGUAAUUGCACCUGUUCAGGCUUUCCUUUUAAAGAACAUUCUCUUUAACAGAGAAAGUUCCAACUGGAGACAGAUGACAGAGGAGGAGCAGAAGACGACUCUCUGCUCAACACUGACUGAAAUCCUUGAGUCUGCUUGUGCCAGCAUCUCUAUGGGGUAUUGCUUGGUGACCUGGGCUAAGGGCCAAAGCCCACACACCAGCACCGUUUCUAAGACGCAAACACAGUCACAAACGCAAGACAUGCCAGAGAGCAGCAAACCACUACAGGAACAGCAACCCACUGCUUUGGCUGCUGAGGAUCUUGGCUUUGAGCGAUUUCACAGUGUUCUCCAUAAACGAACAGUCCUGUCAUUGUCUGAUCUCAAAGAAGAGGUGCUGUCUCUUUACCACUCCUGGAGGGGGUGCUGUGGAGUCUUGCUUUUUCUUUACUCUGUCAUUCUCACCAAGGGCAUAGAAAACAUUAGGAAUGAGAUUCAAGACCCAACGGAGCCUCUCAUAGACCCUGUACAUGGUCAUGGAAGUCAGAGCUUGGUAAACCUCCUUGUAAUCGGCCAUGCCGUCUCUAAUGUGUGGGAUGGAGACAGGGAAUGUUCUGGCAUGAAACUACAUGGAAUUCAGAAACAAGCAUCAGUUGGCUUCCUCACGCUAAUGGAAUCGCUGCGCUACUGCAAGGUCGGGACAUUCCUCAAGUCUCCAAAGUUCCCUAUUUGGAUUCUUGGCAGUGAAACACAUCUCUCUGUAUUUUUCACCAAGGAGAUGUCGCUGGUGGGUCCAGAGUCUCCAUCAGAGCAGGCAAGGAGGGUCUUCCAGUCAUUUGAUCCUGAAGAUAAUGGCUUCAUCCCUGACUCUCUGCUGGAGGACGUGAUGAAAGCUCUUGACCUUGUUUCAGAGCCUGAGUAUGUCAGUCUGGUGAAGAAUAAGCUCGACCCAGAGAGCCUGGGCAUAAUUCUUCUGGGCCCAUUCCUGUUGGAGUUUUUCCCUGAUCAGGAUUCAGGAAUCCCAGACUCAUUUCCCGUUUUCCACUACAAUGGGCUCAAACAGUCCAACCACAAAGAGAGGGUGGAGUAUGUGGAAGGGACAUCUUUGGUUCUGGGAUUUGAGGACCCAAUGGUUCGGACCGACGACACUCCCGUGAAGCGCUGCCUACAGACCAAGUGGACGUACAUCGAGCUGUUGUGGACCACCGAACGUUCUCCGUCACUGAAUUAGCACCGACGCGCUCUGUUUGUGUCCGUUCCACUACCGCCCCACCAGACACCCCCUUCAGCUUCCCCUCUGCACACUGACCGCCAGAGGUCAAAGGACUGCAAUGACGGAGAUACAUGAAACGCAGACAUACAAUAAAGGAAAAGAAAAGCACGUGCACGGGAGACAAAUAUGUUCAUGGACUAAUAGUUGUUCAAGUCUGAGAUUCAUUCUUUCACUUUCACUCACACAUUCCACACAAAUGCAAACUUGCCUCUGCAGUCGAUGCUGUUAUCUAUUCACCAUAGCUUGUAAUUGACACAUGGGAUGUUAUGUGACUAUUUAAGGGAAAAAAAAGAUGAAAAAACCCCAAAAACCUGACUAUUUAUUUUUACAGCACUGCUCUGUGCAGACAACCUCGUCUAUGCUUCAGUGGUGGACGAGACUGUUCAGAUCCUGGUUCACAGGGUGCAACAGGUUUGUCAUCAGACCGUGCACUGAACCACACGUAGAGCCAGUUGACUGUGAAACACUACUGUUAAUCCAGCGACAGGACUGUUUGAGAGAACACCAACCAAAGCCUUCAGAAAAAAAUAUGAGAGCACACACGGGCUCACACCCUGGGUUUACAGUGAAAAGGGACCAACACAGACGUAGAAAUGUGCUGAUCUGAACCAGUGAUGUUGGGGUUUUAACCAAGAUGAAGUUGGUUUAAGUGCUCUCUGUGUGCGAUUCUGGCACUACACUAGGAUGUGCUCAUGUAUUUAUUAUCACACUCAAAGGUUCUGGAAUAAACACUUUUUUUUUGUGCAAA